UGCUCGGUGCGCGGUGCCUGCGGCGGGAGCUGGGCGCCGCUUUUGCCUCGCCGCUGCCGUCACUAACAUCAGUGCCUGUCUCUCUGAAUCCUUCCCUGCCCCGUGCAGAGUCGGCGGCUGGGGAGAAAGCGACGCCAGUGUGAGGUUCCCAGCCGAUGGGCAGCCCCUGGACUCGCUGAGGGGCCGGGCUUCGAGUGGCCGAGAAAAUGAUGCAUCCAGUUGCCAGCAGUAAUCCAGCGUUCUGUGGGCCUGGCAAGCCUUCCUGCCUCAAUGAAGAUGCCAUGAGAGCUGCUGAUCAGUUUGACAUAUAUUCCUCCCAGCAAAGCAAAUACAGCCACACUGUCAGCCACAAACCAAUGGUUUGUCAGAGGCAAGACCCAUUAAAUGAAACACACUUGCAGCCUACAAGUGGCAGAAGCAUAGAGAUAAAAGAUGAACUAAAGAAAAAGAAAAAUCUUAACCGAUCUGGUAAGCGUGGCCGGCCUUCAGGAACCACCAAAUCAGCAGGAUACCGGACCAGCACAGGCAGACCCCUGGGAACUACCAAAGCGGCUGGAUUUAAGACAAGUCCAGGCAGACCCUUGGGUACAACUAAAGCUGCGGGAUACAAAGUCAGCCCAGGGAGACCUCCAGGAAAAAAGCAGCAAGCCUUCAGGUGUUCCAGUGAUGCCUGACACAAUGAGCUGGACUUUAUGCUGCUCUUUACAGUAAGAGGUGUUGCAUUUUUUGUGGGGACUUUGUGCACUGGCGACUAAGACAGUGACCUCAACAAUAUUAGCUUUGCACAAACCAUAGCAAACAAUGUUGGAUGACUACAUAAUUAAUUGUAACAUUCUGGCAGCUAAAUUGCUACAAAAGUUUCUUCUUGCAGAAGCUUAGAAUAUAAAACUUUGAAUAAUUUACUCAGAACAGUAUAACUUCUGACACACACAAAUGCUUGCAUCUUUAUUCAUGUGUUCAUCUAUCCAAUUCUCUUCACUUAGCUGUUUCUCAAGAUGAUGUUCAGCAGUGGCUGCUUAGAAAUACUUUCAAGCUAGUUCUUGAAGACAGUUUUUUUAAUGUACACCAUUGUUAAGGAUUUGGUUGCAUGUUAAGUCCAUUAGACAUUGCCCUUUCAGUUUCUUUUCAUCUCUGAUUUUGUUAAACAUGCUCUUCCUUAUAUCCCCUGCCUUUUCCUGCAUUCAUUCCCUCUCACCCCAGCACAUCUACUCAGUGGUGCUGUGCUGUGUGUCAGAAGAUAAAAGCAGGUGUAUUAUUGUAUAAUGAAUUUUGUAUACAUGUUUCUGAAAUGGUGAAAUCAGCUAAAGGAGGUAUGUUUAUAAUAGUGUUUAUUAUCAGGAGCUAUGUCCCAGGAAAAAAGGGGGACAAAUGGCUAUAGUUGUGAAUGGAUAACAUCUUUUAGAAAGCCAAGUUUAUUGUUCAUGUGAACAGUUACCUGGACUAUUAGAUCUAUAUGCUGGAGAACAUCUCCUGAUUCCACUUAACUUUUCUCCUUGUGAACAGUUCACUGGUGCCAUGCUGAAGAGAAAGACAUAUAAGUGAUAACAUGAAUGAAGUCUUAAAAUAUAAAAUAUUUUUACUUCUAUAUAAUCUAAAGACUACAUCGUGCAUCUUUUGUAACACUGUCUCUUGUCAUGAUAAACACUGAAAUAGCAUGUUAAACAGUUGCCUAUACUUUUAAUAUAAUCAGUUGGGGAAAACUGGCCUUUCCCCCCACUGUAUGAUUGUUCCUUCAAAGGUAAAUUGCUAAUUUUAUACUGUGUAAUUCUAUUCUUCACAAAAUAGGUUUCACUAUUCUAUGUUAAACUGUUGGUCAGAAAAUGAUCUGCUUUUCAAGUAAGUUUGCUUUACUCUUUUCUUUAAAAAAUAUUUUAACACGUCUUAUUUACUAUUGUUAUUAAUAAGCUAACACAGAUAAAAUUUUCAUUUUUUCACAGAUGAAACCUUGCAUAACUAAUCUUUAGUAUGGGAUGAUUUUGAUACUAUGUGGGGGUUUUGCACUGGAUAUUAAAAAUAUUGGCACAAUGUAUUGGAAGAAAAUUAGUAUCUUGUUUGAUUUUCAAUAUUUGGGGACAUUUUUAAAAUCAGUGUUUCAAUUAAACUAUAAAAAUUCUAUUUAUUUACAUUUUAAAAGAAACAUCUAUCAAACUGUGUAAAUUUACAUAUAUUUUCAUGAAAUAAGAAUAAAGUUUCUUUGAGUUAACAAGGGAAAAGAAGUCUGGAUCCGUUAGGUUAAGGGUAAUUCAUCCAGUGUAAGAGUAACCACAGUGUAUGAGCUAAAAAAAAAAAAAAAUUAAUAAAUAAUAAACUUCUUUAUAUUCUGUGAAGCUUUAAAAGAAUAAUUCAGGGGAUACUGAUUAUAACUGCUACUCUGUUAGUCAUUGUUCCCAUAUGCAGUAAAAUUUUAUGAUCCUUUAUAAAUGUGUUUAUAAAAGUGUUCACAAUAGUUCAAAAUAUUUUUUUCCUUGGACAAAAUAAUUCCAUGCUAUUAUGUUUUUGUUUUAUUAUAGCUUAAGUAUUUACUCUUAAACUCUAGAAUAUAUCUAAAUCUUUUCUUUGGUUUUUCCCUCUUCUUUCAAGUAGAUAAAUCUGUGCCCUCACAUAUAAUGUAUUUGAUUUUUGGGAAAUUUAAUGCUAUAGUAAAUCCAGUGUGUGAUUUAAAGUAAUCAGACCACUUUGAUUCUUUAAGUUUUUACAAUUUCCUUUCCCACAUAAUUAUGGAGAAAAUAAUUACCAAUUACCUGAUAAUAAGCACGCUGUCCUCUGCUGUAAAAAGUCUGAAUAGAUACUGUGUAUGUUUUUAUGUCCAUGAACUUGAGCUACUCGUGUGCAAUUAUGUGUAUGGGAAUGGAGUAGUGUUCAUGAUUUGUAUCUACAUCAUCAUAUGGAUGUAUAUUUAUUAAUAAAGUCAUUACUUUAAAACCAA